CGUGAGGUGGGAUGGACUGGUUGUCGGACCAAGUGCCCUGCAGCUGGCAGGAGUAUGGGGCGGAGUGAUGCACUGCCGGGCGCCCAGUAUCGUUCUACUUGGCGGAGACAUUGCUUCGGGCCGCGCGCUGCCCGUGGCUGCGUGCCCGAGCGGGAGCCCCUUUCCCGGGGUUGGAACGACGCUGCGCGGCGAGCGGGAGAUCCCCAAGGACAGAACCGGAAGGUCGUAUCCAUCUGUCAGUGCUGUGUGACAGCACCGCGGCGGCACCUGCAGAACCCGAGCUAGGUUCGUAAUGCCUCCCGCCUGGCUCUUUCAAGAUGGAGGGGCAACCUGUGGGAGAGCCGACUCAAGUGGUGUCUAAAUUCAAACCUUCCGCCAAGGUGGAGAGCACGGGACCCUGGCUGGAGGAAGAUCAUGCUCGAAUAUGGGAAGUGUUAAAGACAGAGGAGAGCUCGAUUCAGGACUGGGGUGAAGAGGUAGAGGAAGGAGCCGUUUACCAUGUCACCCUGAAAAGAGUCCAGAUUCAACAGGCUGCCAAUAAAGGAGCAAGAUGGCUAGGGGUUGAAGGGGACCAGCUCCCGCCAGGACAUACGGUCAGUCAGUAUGAGACCUGUAAGAUCAGGACCAUCAAAGCUGGUACCUUGGAGAAGCUUGUGGAGAACCUGCUGACAGCUUUCGGGGACAAUGACUUUACCUAUAUCAGCAUCUUCCUGUCGACGUACAGAGGCUUUGCCUCCACUAAAGAAGUAUUGGGACUACUGCUGGACAGGUACGGGAACCUGACGAGCCCCAGCUGGGAAGAGGAUGGAAGCCAGAGCUCCUCCGAGUCCAAGACGGUGAUCAGGAACGCAAUCGCCUCCAUCCUGAGGGCCUGGCUGGACCAGUGCGCAGAGGACUUCCGAGAGCCGCCCCACUUCCCCUGCCUACAGAAGCUGCUGGAUUAUCUCAAGCAGAUGAUGCCGGGCUCCGACCCAGAGAGAAGAGCACAGAAUCUUCUCGAGCAGUUUCAGAAGCAAGAAGUGGAAACUGACAAUGGGUUUCCCAACACUGCGCCCUGCCGCCUGGAAGAGGAAGAGGAACCGGAGACUGGAGGGUCCGCAGAGUUCACGUGCUUCUCGGAAGACCUCGUGGCAGAGCAGCUGACCUACAUGGAUGCACAACUGUUCAAGAAAGUAGUGCCUCACCACUGCCUGGGCUGCAUUUGGUCUCAAAGGGAUAAAAAGGAAAACAAACAUUUGGCUCCUACCAUCCGUGCUACCAUCUCUCAAUUUAAUACCCUCACCAAAUGCGUUGUCAGCACCAUCCUGGGGGGCAAAGAACUCAAGACUCAGCAGAGAGCCAGAAUCAUCGAGAAGUGGAUCAACAUCGCUCAUGAAUGCAGAAUCCUGAAGAAUUUUUCCUCCUUGCGGGCCAUCGUGUCGGCGCUGCAGUCCAAUUCCAUCUAUCGGUUAAAAAAGACCUGGGCCGCUGUCCCAAAAGACCGAAUGCUCAUGUUUGAAGAACUCUCCGAUAUCUUCUCGGACCACAAUAACCAUUUGACGAGCCGGGAGCUACUGAUGAAGGAAGGAACCUCAAAAUUUGCAAACUUGGACAGCAGUGUCAAAGAGAACCAGAAGCGGACUCAGAGGCGGCUUCAGCUCCAGAAGGACAUGGGUGUGAUGCAGGGCACCGUGCCCUACCUGGGCACCUUCCUGACUGACCUGACCAUGCUUGACACUGCCCUUCAGGACAACAUAGAGGGUGGGCUGAUAAACUUUGAGAAAAGGAGAAGGGAAUUCGAAGUGAUUGCCCAGAUAAAGCUCUUACAGUCUGCCUGCAACAGCUAUUGUAUGACCCCAGAGCCCAAGUUCAUCCAGUGGUUCCAGAGGCAGCAGCUCCUGACAGAGGAGGAGAGCUACGCCCUGUCCUGUGAGAUUGAAGCAGCUCCGGACACCAGUGCCACCUCGCCCAAGCCUCGGAAGAGCAUGGUGAAGAGGCUCAGCCUGCUGUUUCUGGGGUCGGACAUCAUCACCAGUAGCACCCCCACCAAGGAGCAGCCCAAGUCCACUGCCAGCGGGAGCUCUGGCGAGAGCAUGGACUCCGUCAGCGUGUCGUCCUGCGAGUCGAACCACUCGGAGGCCGAGGAGGGAUCCAUCACGCCCAUGGACACGCCCGAGGAGCCUCAGAAAAAGCUCUCCGAGUCGUCCUCAUCGUGUUCCUCCAUCCACUCCAUGGACACAAACUCCUCAGGGAUGUCGUCCUUAAUCAACCCCCUCUCCUCCCCUCCGCCCGGCAACAACAACCCUAAAAUCCACAAGCGCUCCGUCUCUGUGACUUCCAUUACCUCGGCAGUGCCGCCUCCCGUUUACAACCAGCAGCUCGAAGACACCUGCAUAAUCCGCAUCAGCGUGGAGGACAACAACGGCAACAUGUACAAGAGCAUCAUGCUGACGAGCCAGGACAAAACCCCCGCGGUGAUCCAGAGGGCCAUGCUGAAGCACAACCUGGACUCGGACCCGGCCGAGGAGUACGAGCUGGUGCAGGUCAUCUCGGAGGACAAAGAGCUCGUCAUCCCAGACUCGGCAAACGUCUUUUAUGCCAUGAACAGCCAAGUGAACUUUGACUUCAUUUUACGCAAAAAGAACUCCACGGAAGACCAAGUGAAACUGCGCAGCCGCACCAGCCUGACCUUGCCCAGGACAGCUAAGCGGGGCUGCUGGAGCAACAGGCACAGCAAAAUCACCCUCUGAAGGGCGCACCAUGGCCCCUUGCUUGCCCGCAGUGGCAGCGUGGGGCCGAGGACAGGCCGCGGGGACCGCAGCUACCGUCCAGUGUUAGAGGGUCAUCAGUGACGUCAGCAGAUAUUUAUUGAGCACCUGUGGUGUGCAAGGCGUUGUGGGGAAAUCAGAGGUGAAUUUGACAUGAAAAAGAAGAACGAUUCACUGAUUCUCUUUGACCUGAGGCUGAAAUGCAAAAUUAUCCACAUUUAUAAGUAUAUUACACAUAUUUGGUAUGUAUGUGUAUAUAUAAAAAUAUAGGAGGGAUUUGGAUAUUCUGGACUAUUGAAAAAACAAAUUUGCACAAUGGCCUGGGAAGCUGAGGUCACUUUCUACAGGGAAAUAGAAGGAGUUGAGAACCUGGUUUCCUACCUGCCAAGUAAGUGGAUCCAGUCCUGGGAAUACAGAGUGUCCUUUGUGCCAGUAUUAUGCGAAGCCCAAACUGUGUUUAUAAAGGGAGAGGACGAAUUUCUCAGUCAAGUGCCGCCAGGAGGGAACAACUGCAGAGGCGGGAAGUGCCACGGGCUCCAUGAAAGGCCGCCGUGGAAAGGGCUUGGAUGAGCCCGUGGCUUCCGGCCUCCGCAGCACCCCAGCCUCCUGCUGCCGCAGGGAGGUGGGGAGGGGCCUCAGGGGCCCAGCCAGCCCACCUGCCCAGCCGUCCGACACUUCCUGGAAUCAACACGAGCCCGCCUUGAUUUGUGGCAGCCGCACUGUGUUUCCGUUUCCCCUCAACGAGCCUAUCACAAUCAUAAUUGCGCAAAUAGCCAUGUUCUUGGGUCAUAUAGCCUUUUCCGAUUGCCUUUUUGCAUGUAAAACUCCGAGUCUGGAGUCUUGUGCCAUCUGGAUCGUAGCACCUCUAUAUUAUGUGCAAUUUGUUCCUCAGGUGUAGAAAGUCCUACUGCAAUUGACUCUUAUUUGAUCAUUUUGAGCCUGUGAAAGAUUUCGAAGCAGCGACUGCUCUGUUAACAGCCCCUCGGGAGACGUUCCCUGGCAACAGCAGCGCCCUCUUUUACGUAUUGACUUUUGUAGCAUUACUGUGCCUCGUCGCGGGGGAGGGAUGGGGCUGCAUGCAGGUCAGCUCUGGCAUUUCCAGAGAGGUCCAUCCUUCCAGAGGGAUUCAGUGACACUUUUAUUUUCAGGUCCUCGCACUUGCUAUCACAGUGUCACUCUCGAGUGACUUUUUUCCCCUCUAGUAACACCCUCGCCCUCUCUCUUCCAAAUCUGAGCUGUGCUGGGGUUUGAACCAAAAAGCCAUAUGUGGGAUGUUGACGUGUGUGAGAAGCACUUUUCAAAUGUUGUCCUUUUUAAGAAAAAAAAUUCUCAAAAUAUCAGUUUUUAUUCCCAAAAUAAAGAGAACAAAACCACAUAUGAAGUGUAGCUUGUGACACGGAGCUUCCCCCCGCCCCCCAAUCCUGUAAGACAGCUCUCAAAGGUUAUGUGAGGUUUAUGCUAUGUAAAUAGCUCCGUGAAGUCUGCGAGGGAGACCGGGGAGCGCGGAGAGGUCGUGGCAGCGGACCAAAGAGCCAGCCGGGAAGCCUUCGCGUUUCCUUUCGCUCUUCCUGCGAGAUCCGCCUUGGCAUCGCCAGGACCGACGAGAUGCAGCUGGUCGAAAAGCACUUUCUUCUGUUGUGAGGCCCGUCCCAUUCGUGCUUCUGUGCCUGGAGGAGAGGUGGCCGGGUGCUCAACGUCAUGGACACCGAAGUAAAUGUGGCCUCAGCCCGAAUUUCGUGGUUUGGAGGUCAGAAAGGAAGUAGGGAACCGUCGGCCUCGUUCAGAGCAUAGCUACGCAGGCCUGCCCGUGCCCCUGUGCUUGCCCCGUGUAUUUAUACUGUACAUGUAGAGUCUAGAUUUAUAUACUGCAAUGUAAAAAUAUAUAUAUAUUUUCCUUUUUUAAAGACAAUGGAAAUUCCAAGUAGAGACAACAUAGCCUCAUUUAUUUAAUGCCACUUUAAAUGUCUUCAUUGUGUUCCUGGUGGAGAGCCGGGUGCUUUCAGCUGCUUGCAUGCUUGUCUUUCUGCGUCUCCAUCACCUGUUUACCUUUGGGUUAAACUAA